AUGGAAUCCCUUGAUGCAAGACCAUCGGAAGAGAAUGGGGCGGAGUCGGUUAUUCAGGAAGAGUAUCUAAUAGAAGAUGACGAUGAAGAUCUCAUAAUAAUGGAUGAACAGAAUGAGAAUCAAAGGAACAGAGUCAAAGAAGAAGAUGAAGAAGAAUCGACGCUUGAUGAACCGAAUAUCAGUUUGACUUGUCUUCUAAAGACUCUCUGGAACUUUGUGUAUACGCUUGACUCGCCACUUUUGGCAAAACUCAGAACUAAUAUUGAAAAAGAGAUUCUUCUAUUGAAGUACACUGACAAGCAAAUUACAAUAAAAACGCUUGAUAUGGCAAUGAAAGCGGCUUUGUACAUGAUGACGAAGAAACCAACACACGAGAUUGAAGGAGAGACGUGGGGAUUGAAGGAAGUGUUGAAGAUGUUCCGAUCGAUCACAUCGAAAUUCGCACGUCAAUCUAAACAUCUUGAGGAUCUCGAGAAGCAAGUGAGAGAGGAAAUUAGAAAAUCGACUGUUCGGGAGAAAAAAGUGAUGAUGAUUCAAGUGCGAACAGCAAUCGAGACUGCUCUCAAAAUUCUUGUACCCUAA